GCGCACACACACAGAGACACACACAAUCAGAAACUGAAACAGAGCACGACUUGUAAAGCAAGCCCAACCAGGCACUCUCUCUCUCCCUCUCUCUCUCUCUCUCGCUCGCUCCUUCUCCUCGACUCAGUUUCCUGCUUUGAAAGGAGGCCAUUUUGUGCCGACAGCAGUCCGGGGCAGUUAACUUUUCAUUCUUGCCUUUUGUUUUGUUUAUUUGUUUUGUGUGGGGGGGGAGUUCCCUCCCUGUUAUAUUGUCCUGUGGGCUGCGUUUGGACUUUCUCCUCCACACAGCAGCUUCUUCCUCAGCGCAGCGGAGCCUGGAUUUCUGCUCUCGCUACCAGCCGCACACACCUCUCCUGCUGCUGGUUUUGAAGAAAGGAGCCGAUUUGCGAGCAGGUACCUGACAGCCGGGGCGCCCCUGGAGAGGGUGCGGGGACAGAAAAGGACAGUGAGGACCGGAGCUUCACCCAUUCUGCCUACAGAGAGAUCCUCCAGCUCCCAGAAACUUCUUCCCCACCCCCUGUCCCGCUCCCGCCAGCGGGAUGGCCAACGCCAGCCCCUGCCUGCCCUCGGGGCCCCUGUCCCAGGUCUUCUUUCCCCAGGGACGGCCCUCGCCCCCGGGGUCCGUGAUAGUCCAGCACGGGACCCCGGUCGCCAUGCCCUCGCCCGCUGCCACCUCCGCCGCGCCCCAGACCAUGGACCUCGGCGUGGGCCCGGGGCCCGGGGGUACGGCCACGCAGCCUACGCCCCCCACCCCGAGCGGGGUGUCCUUCAUCAUCCAGAUCGGCCUGACGCGCGAGUCUGUGUUCCUGCCCCAGGCGGCCGACCUCGCCUACAUCAAGCAGAUCGCCUGCUCCAUCGUGGACCAGAAGUUCCCAGAGUGUGGCUUCUAUGGGAUCUACGACAAGAUCCUGCUCUUCAAGCAUGACACGGGCACCAACAACAUCCUCCAGCUGGUCAAAGGCACUGCCGACAUUCAGGAGGGCGACCUCAUCGAGGUGGUUCUGUCAGCUGCUGCCACCUUUGAGGACUUUCAGAUCCGGCCUCAUGCCCUCAGCGUGCACUCCUACCGCGCUCCUGCUUUCUGUGACCACUGCGGAGAGAUGCUGUUCGGCCUGGUGAGACAGGGCCUCAAGUGUGACGGCUGUGGGCUGAACUACCACAAGCGCUGUGCCUUCAGCAUCCCCAACAACUGCAGCGGGGCACGCAAGCGCCGACUCUCCACGACCUCACUGACCAGCAGCCAAUCGCAGAGGCUCUCCACCACCGAGUCCCUCGGCAGCGUGUGCACCAUCGCUGACGAGACGGCGGGGCUCGUGAGGACGCACACACAGAUGCCUCGGACCCCCAGCGAGGCACGGCGCUUCUACACGGGCCGUCCCGUCCACCUGGACAAGAUCCUGAUCCACAAAGUGAAGGUCCCCCACACCUUCGCCAUCCACUCGUACACCCGGCCCACCGUCUGCCAGUACUGCAAGAGGCUGCUGAAGGGCCUGUUCCGCCAGGGGCUCCAGUGCAAGGACUGCAAGUUCAACUGUCACAAGCGCUGUGCAUACAAAAUUCCCAAUGACUGCCUGGGAGAGACUAUAGAAGGCAUGCUGAGCCCCAGUGUGGAUCAGGAGGUUCCCAUGGACUACAGCAGUGAGUUUGGGGACUCGGACAAAUCGCCCCUGAUGGACGACUCAGACGAUGCAGACGCCUGCAGCAUCCCUGGGUCCUUCACCCCCGGCACCUUCCCUGAUAGCAGCCAGGACGGAGCCAGUGGAGACCAGAGCUCCAUGGGGUACAUCCCCCUGAUGCGGGUUGUGCAGUCAGUCAGACAGACCACUCGUCGCUCCAGCACUGCCAUCAAAGAGGGCUGGAUGGUCCACUACAGCAACAAGGACACACUGAGGAAGCGGCACUACUGGCGUUUAGACUGUAAGUGCAUCAUCCUCUUCCAGAACGACACCACCAACAAGUACUACAAGGAAAUCCCGCUGUCGGAGAUCCUGGAGGUGCGUCCCGCGGGGGACUUCUCCCUCGUGCCGGCCGGGGCCAGCCCUCACUGCUUCGAGAUCGUCACGGGAACCAUGCGCUAUUUCGUGGGGGAGGAUCCCAACCCGUCCUCCACGCCCACCCCCGCCCCCGCCCCGUCCCCGGGCUCCCCUGGCUCCCCCGACGCCCCGGCCCCGGCCCCGGCCCCCUCCUCCUCGCCCAGUAGCGUCACGCCAAACAGUGGGGUGGGCCGGGAGAACGCCAAGGCUUGGGAGACCGCCAUUCGCCAGGCCCUCAUGCCAGUCAUCUUCCAGGACACGCCCACAGCGCAAGGGCACACCCCCCACAGGCAGGCGUCGGUGAGCAUCUCUGUCUCCAACAGCCAGAUCCAGGAGAAUGUGGACAUUGGUAUGGUGUAUCAGAUCUUUGCAGAUGAGGUUUUGGGCUCAGGGCAGUUUGGAGUUGUGUACGGAGGCAAGCACAGGAAGACCGGGCGGGACGUGGCGGUCAAGGUGAUUGACAAGCUGCGCUUCCCCACCAAGCAGGAAAGCCAGCUGAGGAACGAGGUCGCCAUUCUCCAGAGUCUGCGGCACUUGGGCAUAGUGAAUCUGGAGUGCAUGUUUGAGACGCCGGAGAAGGUGUUUGUGGUCAUGGAGAAGCUGCACGGGGACAUGCUGGAGAUGAUCCUGUCCAGCGAGAAGGGCAGGCUGCCUGAACGCCUCACCAAGUUCCUCAUUACACAGAUCCUGGCUGCUCUGAGGCACCUGCAUUUUAAGAACAUUGUUCACUGCGACCUGAAGCCAGAGAACGUUCUGCUGGCUUCCGCGGAGCCCUUCCCCCAGGUGAAGCUGUGCGAUUUCGGAUUCGCCCGUAUCAUCGGGGAGAAGUCGUUCCGGCGCUCCGUGGUGGGCACGCCGGCCUACCUGGCACCCGAGGUGCUCCGUAACCAGGGCUACAACCGCUCGUUGGACAUGUGGUCGGUGGGAGUGAUCACGUACGUCAGCCUGAGCGGCACCUUCCCCUUCAACGAGGACGAGGACAUCAAUGACCAGAUCCAGAACGCCGCCUUCAUGUACCCGCCCAACCCCUGGAAGCACAUCUCCCCUGACGCCACUGAUCUGAUAAACAACCUGCUGCAAGUGAAGAUGAGAAAGCGUUACAGUGUGGACAAGAGCCUCAGUCACACCUACCUGCAGGACUACCAGACGUGGCUGGACCUGCGUGAGCUGGAGACCAAGCUGUGCGAGCGCUACAUCACCCACGAGAGCGACGACAACCGCUGGCAGCAGUUCGCCCGCGAGCACACGCUGCCCUACCCCGCCCACCUGGUGCCGCCGCGGCCCGCCUUCCAGGACCAGGACGACUGCGAGGACGACUGCGACAUGCAGGGCCUGACCGAGCGCGUCAGCAUCCUCUAACCCCCAGACCCGGGCGUGUCAGCAUCCUCUAACCACCAGACCUGGGCGCGUCAGCGUCCUCUAACCCCCAAACCUCCUCUAACCCCCAAACCCGGGCGCGUCAGCGUCCUCUAACCCCCAAACCCGGGCGCGUCAGCGUCCUCUAACCCCCAAACCCGGCACCACCGCACCCCACCCCUCCUGUACUCAAACCCUGCCCCGUCUGCCCUAGGUCUUCUAGACUUUGAACCCACGGAGCAUGGGGACCAGCGCCCACCCCCCGCCCCCCCGCCCCCGUUCCCCUCAGGUCCACAGUCAGCAGUGGGAUCAGUGGGCAGUGGUAAAGGCCGGUGCUGAAACUCAGACCAGCAAACUGUGUCGCGCGCUCUCCGCGGAUGAAGUCGAGCCACUUCACUGAUCCACCCGCUGCCUGCCUUUCAUCAGAUGGCCUAUAGGCCUGCAGCUAUGAAGGAAGACCACGAUGAUGGCCAUGGGAUACUAAAGACCAUAAAAACAAUAAAGGCAUUGAUGUGCCUGUACUUUCCUCCCUCACAACCUCAAAGUUUAUUAAUAUAAUAUUUUCUUGGCUGUCAGUGUAUCACCCUGUUAAGAUAGAGCUGGGGCCUGCUGGAUUGCUGUAGCAGAGCGUCUUGGGCUGGGAGUUAUCGCUUCUCCUGCUGCCACCAAGUGCCUCUCAGUAAUUGUUCAGUUCCUUUCCCUCCGUAGCUGAAGUUGCUCUUUACAAAAAAUGGCAGAAAAUGGCAGCAUUGUGUUCACAAGAUGGCCGCAUUGUGUUCACAAGAGACCUGGCAAGAGAACUGAUGCAGGACUGAUUGUUUGGAUUAGAUAUUUGUUCUUUCUCUUCUGUCUUUAUUGACAUUGUCGCUGUAACUGACACUGCCAUUAAGAGAUGUUGCAAGGGUUUUAACUAACUUUUAGAGGUCCACACGGAAGGAAGAUGAAAAUCAAACUAAGUCCCAGACUCCACCACAUUGGCCUGAAGGUAAUUUGCCAAUGACAAGCAGAAAGGUUUAGCGAUCUGGGUUAACUGACCAGGCGAGAUAAAGUGUGAGGGGCAAUGAUGCAGCUUUAGUUUUUUUGUUUUUUUUUAACAUACUACUCAAUAUUUAGAAGAAAGUUUGACUUGUUCAUCCCACCAGAGCCCCAGAGAUAGCAAAUUCGAUUUUCUAACCGAGCUGGAAAGCCACUCAGCAUGGCUGGUGAAUUUUCUUUUGGGCGUGAGGAAUGGACUGAUUUUGCCCUCCCAGAGAGCAGGGGGCAGUGCUGCACAAAGGACACCUUUUACCAAUAUCUCUAAGUGGAUCAUCCAAUGAAUAACAACAGGCUGCUUGGUAGAGGAGGGCAACUUCAUGGAAUAUUGGUAAUUAAAGAAUUAAAAGCCUUUUGUAAAAUAGGUUGCAUAAUAAUCUUAGUCAUGGAGGACUUAUUUUGUAUACAUAAUACAUAGCUAUAUGUAGUGUAUGUUUUGGGAAUGUAUGACUAUAUGGAAGAUCCCAGCAUGCUAAUACAAUUUAGUGAUGAAAAA